AACUAGCUUGUCUUGCUUAUGCUCGUGACGUGUCUUACGUGAUGCGCUAGCUUUCUGCUUGCCACGGUCUGAACUAAGCAAGGUACGUACGUUGUCGCAUGGCUCGUGCCAGGUCCGAUGGGUCGGGCGCGGCCAGCCUCGCCCUCCGCAUCGCCACCGUCGCGCUGUCCGUUGCGUCGGCUGUCAUGAUGGCCUCGGCGAGCCAACCCACCGGCGCCGGCCGUGCUCCGGCGAGCAACGUCUCCUACAGCGACUACAACUCCUUGAGGUAUUCUCUAGCCGCCAAUGUGAUAUCGGCGAUGCUGCAGGCGGCGGCGGCGUGGUUGACGGCGCGCGGCAGGGGUGACGAAGGCAAGGCGGUCAAGUCGCUGGCCGAGCUCAUCGACACGGUCGCGAAGGUGCUCCUCUACUCGUCGUCGGCGCUGUCGUUCGCGGUUGAAGACUUCGGCACCUGCGGCCGGCGGGUCAGCGGCGUCUGCAAGGGCGCCGGCGAGUUCUGCCAGCGGGUCCGCGGGUCCGGGGCCGUCUCGAUGUCGGCGGCCGUCGCACUGUCCGUGUCGCAGUACCUGAAGAACGUGCCAGUCUCGGUUUCGUUCGAGGUAGAUGAAGUGAAGGCUGAGGCGGGUUGUGGGCGUGGCUGCCAUUGCCGGCGCCAUCGCCAUUAGCUAUAUAUCUCUCUCAGCCAUCAGGAAAUUAAAUCUGCGAAAAGUUGUUCACUUCGAAUCAAGUAUUUGAAUCUUUUGUCAGAAAAAACUUGUUUGUGUAAUCAAGUUGAAUUGUUCAGAGUACGGGUUCGUGCUCCGGCAUGAAUUUUAUAGGAAUUCUGAUUGAACAAGAAGCUGAGAUUCAGAGUACUAGUUUGUGUAACCACUUUUCGUUUGCUGUUUUUCAUGAUCAUGUUACAUAUGCUUUCAGAUCCCUGCAACUUUUGUUAUGGCUAAUUGAGUUGCAGGGGAACACUCCUUUUAUGUUCAUAUUUGGUGUUUGAUUGUU